AUGUCACAUUUCUAUAGUAAUAGUAAUAUUAAUAGUACUAAUAAUGAUAGCAAUAAUGAUAACAACCCAUUUUACUGCAAUGAAUCAAUAAUAAUAAAUAAUAUUCAUGUAAAUGAAUAUUGUCAAGAUGAACCAGUGAUUACAAAUCCUUUUAUGACAACGUAUUUUGAUAAUAUGUGGAAUUUUUCAAAUGUAUACUCAGAUACUACUUUCACUACUAAUCAUACUACUGCUACUAAUAGUAAUAAUAUUAAGACUAAUAUUACUACCGUUACUACGGCUACAUCACCAAUUUACAGCACUCCUUAUAUGGAAUCAAAUUCAAAUUCUACUAUGUCACUUUACCACUUGAACAUUGAAAAUCAACUACCAGAACACCACCACCACCAACAACAACAACAGCAGCAAACGACACAAUCACAAAGAUCUGACUUAGGUAAUCUCCAUGACAUGAAGUAUGCAUCAGACAUAUCAUCGACGAAUUCUCUACUAAAGGCUGAUUUGUAUACAACUGAUCCUCAUUAUUAUUAUGGUUCGUAUUCUUAUCCGUUUAUAUGUUAUUCAUAUGAGAAAGAAAAUUGUCGAGUUCAGGAUAUUUCAUCAGCUGGAAAUCAGUUUUAUAGUCUCCUUGAUAACACUACUACUAAUACAACUACUGCCAGUGAUAUACAUGAAAUCGAUAAUAAUAAUAAUAAUAGCAACUAUAAUAAUAAUAACGCAAAUGAAGAAGGAUUGAUAACGUCAAAUAUUAAAAAUUCAGCAGCCUUAUUAGCUUAUUUGAAUUUAGACAAAAUAAAAGUGAACGAAAGUCUACCAGAUUCAUUAAACAAUCAAAAUCAACUGGAAUCUAAUUUGAAUCAAUGUUCAACAGUGUUUAAAUCUAGCGGCAAAUCAACAACCAAGUCAAAUGAAUCAUUUAAACCGCCAUGUUCAAAUUUUAAAAAUUCUUACAAAACUGACAACACUUUAAAUCAUAAUAAUAAUCAAAAUAGUACGACAAAUUUAUUGAAAUCGUCUGCAUCUGAAGAAUUACAAACUCAAAGAUUUUUGGCUAAUGUUCGUGAGAGACAACGCACACAAUCAUUGAAUCAAGCCUUUGCCGAAUUACGUCGAAUUAUUCCAACACUACCGUCAGAUAAACUUAGUAAAAUACAAACAUUAAAAUUGGCUACUCGAUAUAUCGAUUUCUUAUCCCAAGUUCUUCAGGCAGCUUCAUCGUCAUUACCACAGCCAACCCCGCCGACACCGCAACCUUCGGCAGCAUCAUCAUCGAAUAAUUUUAUUGUAGAUUUAUCUACAGAAACUUAUACAAUCAAUGAUAAUAAUAAUAAUAAGUAUUUAUGUACAGAUUGUAAAAUUGUCAAAACUGAUCCACCUGUCUGUCCUCAAUCAACACCACAAUUACAAUUAUCACAUGUGACAACAUUUCAAAAAUGUGAUGUGCCUUACAAUCCAGUUGAAAAACUGAAAAAACUGGGACCAAAUAAUGAGUAUAGUCUGAUGAGUGAAGAUAAAUUUUAUAAUAACAAUAGAUACGUUGAUAAUGAAGACUUUGUCUAUGAUAAUGAUAAUAACGACGAUAUUAACAAACAGUAUUCUAGAGUGUGUUCUUCGAAAGCAAAAAGUUAUCGAAAGUGGAGAUUCACCUACAACAAUUUUACUCAACCUCCAUUUUCAUCAGCAUCAUCAGCGUCUUCUUCUUGUUCACCUCCGUCAUUAUCAUCGUCUUCUUCUCCAUCAGCCCCAUCAGAGUCACCUGCGUCCAUAUAUUGUGUCGAAAAUAACAAUAACAAAGAACAUUUGUUGAGUGAAAUGAAGAGAUACAAAGAGGCGUCGUCACCGUUCUCGUCAUCAUCAUUCUCACCGAAAUCAAUAUCCGUCAGCUUCUCAGCCUCCUCCGCGUCCACAUUAUCGACAACUGCACUGCCGCUACCAUCAACAUUAGCACCAACACUACCAACACCAACGUCAGAACUCGUGCCACAUUCACAUCAUAAAAAUCAAGGAUUAAGUUACGCCUUUUCAGUAUGGCGUAUGGAAGGUGCAUGGUUAUCAACAUCUACUAAUGAUGAUGAUAUAAUAAUAGGAAAUUGA